CUGGCGGGACGGGGCGGCAGCGGCGGAGCCGGCGGCGGCCAGGAACCCGGGCUUAGGCUCGGCCGUGCCGGCUGAGGACGCAGGCGGCCAGCGGGCGGCGGGCGCCGUCAUGAACGCGGCGGUGGUGAGGCGGACGCAGGAGGCGCUGGGGAAGGUGAUACGGAGGCCGCCGCUGACAGAGAAGCUGCUGAGCAAGCCCCCGUUCCGCUACCUGCACGACAUCAUCACGGAGGUGAUUAGAAUGACUGGUUUCAUGAAAGGCCUCUACACAGACGCCGAGAUGAAGUCUGAGAAUGUGAAGGAUAAAGAUGCAAAAAUUAGCUUCCUACAAAAGGCCAUAGACGUGGUUGUAAUGGUGUCGGGAGAGCCACUGUUGGUCAAACCAGCCCGAAUCGUGGCCGGGCAUGAGCCUGAAAGAACAAAUGAGCUUCUCCAGAUAAUUGGAAAAUGCUGCCUCAACAAGCUCUCCAGUGACGAUGCGGUACGGAGGGUUUUAGCUGGAGAGAAGGGAGAAGUGAAAGGCCGGGCCUCACUGACCUCAAGAUCUCAGGAAUUGGAUAAUAAGAGUGUGCGAGAAGAAGAGUCCAGAGUUCACAAAAAUACGGAGGAGAGAGGAGACUCUGAAAUAAAAGAGAGAAGUACAAGCAGAGAUCGAAAACAGAAAGAAGAACUGAAAGAAGACAGCAAGCCAAGAGAAAAGGACAGGGACAAGGGGAAGGCCAAGGAGAAUGGCGGAAACAGACACAGAGAAGGGGAGAGAGAGAGAGCCAAAGCCCGGGCCAGGCCAGACAGUGAGCGACAGAAAGACAGAGGCAACAGGGAGCGGGACAGAGACUCCGAGCGUGAGAAGGAGACAGAGAGAAAGAAUGAGAGGGGAAAAGAGAAGGAGAGACUGAGAGACAGGGACCGAGAGCGCGACCGAGACAAAGGGAAGGACAGGGACAGACGGAGAGUGAAAAACGGGGAGCACUCCCGGGACCUGGACAGGGAGAAGAACAGAGAGCAUGACAAACCCGAGAAAAAGUCAGCAAGCUCAGGGGAGAUGUCUAAAAAGUUGUCAGAUGGAACUUUUAAAGACUCCAAGGCUGAAACAGAGACUGAGAUUUCCACUAGAGCAUCCAAGUCAUUGACAACAAAAACAACAAAACGGCGAUCCAAAAAUUCAGUGGAAGGUGACUCCACCAGUGAUGCAGAAGGAGACGUUGGACCUGCUGGCCAAGAUAAGUCUGACAUGCCAGAGACUCCAGAAAUUCCUAAUGAGCUUUCAUCCCACAUCAGAAGAAUUCCUCGGCCUGGGAGUGCAAGACCAGCCCCUCCCCGGGUCAAACGGCAAGACAGCGCAGAGGUGUUACCAACAGAUAGAUCAGGGAGUGGUAAAACCGUCUCAAAUGUGAUUGUAGAGUCGCACAAUUCUGACAAUGAAGAGGAUGAUCAAUUUGUGGUGGAAGCUGCACCUCAGCUCUCUGAAAUGUCAGAAAUUGAAAUGGUAACAGCAGUGGAACUAGAAGAAGAGGAGAAGCAUGGUGGACUUGUGAAAAAAAUUUUGGAGACGAAGAAACAUUAUGAGAAAUUGCAGCAGUCACCCAAACCUGGGGAGAAGGAGCGGUCUCUCUUUGAGUCGGCGUGGAAGAAGGAGAAGGACAUCGUUUCCAAGGAGAUAGAGAAGCUCCGCACGUCCAUCCAGACCCUGUGCAAGAGUGCACUUCCCCUGGGGAAGAUCAUGGACUACAUCCAGGAAGACGUGGAUGCCAUGCAGAAUGAGCUGCAGCUGUGGCACAGCGAGAACAGGCAGCACGCCGAGGCCCUGCAGCAGGAGCAGAGUAUCACAGACUGUGCUGUGGAGCCCUUAAAGGCUGAGCUUGCGGAGCUGGAGCAGCUGAUCAAAGACCAGCAAGACAAGAUCUGCGCUGUGAAGGCCAACAUCCUCAAGAAUGAAGAAAAAAUCCAGAAAAUGGUGUAUAGUAUCAAUUUGACUUCGAGAAGGUGAACACUCAAAAGUUUCAGAGAUGAAAAGUCACCUCAGUUUAAAAGCAUAAAGGAAGAUAGAAAAUCAUUACUCUUUUAAGUUCCAGUUUGCUAAGAAAAUGAACAGUUUACAAUGUUACUAUCCAGCUAAUUCUCAGAGCUUUAAAACUGUAAGCAUGUUAAAUGUAUUAAAAAAAACCAUGUUUUCUUACCUCCUUCCAGAUGGAAUACUGGCUAGUUAUAAAUAGCGCUUCCAAACACCUCUGUGAAAAGUUUUUUUGAAAGCCUGUUCUUUGUGUUUCUGCUGUAACCUGUUUAGUUCUGUACCAGAACUCUCUAGCAGGUAAGUGGUGUGGGCAUACCAAGGGAACAGUAGUCCUUUAUUUUGGUUUAGUGGAAAGACUUUCAGAGAUCAAUGCAGAAUGAAGGAUGACUGUAUACUUUUUGAUAGGCACUUGAUAAGUAGAAUGAGGCCUGAAAAUGAAUAAAUUAUAUUUUCAGUUAAUUUCCAUUUGAAAGGGCUAAUCUCAGCCUGUCUCCAUAUAAGGUACCGAUCUACUGGAUUGUUUUCGUUUUUGUUUUUUGACCUCUUUGUAAUUGCAUGUACUUCUCUAUGUAAUUUUCUUCUUGAUCUCUACUAUCUUUUGCUUGUGUUUCUAGUCCUUAAAGUUCAUAAAUUUAAAAAGGAGAUUUCAGGAUGGCCUUUACGGACAUUGUCUGGAUAUGAAAUUGUCUUGGGCUACAUCCUCACUUUCUUCAGCAUUUUGCCCUGGUUUUCCUCAGGCAGAGGCUAGAACAGCUACCCUUGAGUCCUUGUUCUCCUUAAGAGGGUCUUGCUCUGCGAGGCACUGGCAUCACGCCUUUUCCUUUGCAUGGGUGUGCACACCUGAGAGACAGGUAGCUUAGGAAAAAUGACAUAAGGAAGACUUACAAGGCUGCACUGAUUUACAGUGUUUUUUGAUGUUAGCCAUUUUUUUUGGAAAUUGUUUUUUAAAGCAAAAGUUUUUUUAAAAAAUGGUUUAUAGUUUUUCACUUACAUAUACUAUUGUAAAUACGUAGCAGAGUCUUAAGUUAUUGUAUACAACAUUUCAUUGUGUUUGAAGACAUACUUAUGGGUCUUAAGGUCUGGGUCCUAAUACUUUUAUUUUUAAAUAGUGUGUUUAUUAUGUAAACUAAGGAGUGCCAUUUAAAAUGUGAGGAUUGCCUGAAAAGGUUUUGUUUCUUUUUUUUUUUUUUUUUUGAGAUGGAGUCUUACUCUGUCACCCAGGCCGGAGUGCAAUGGUGCGAUCUCGGCUCACUGCAAUCUCAGCCUCCCAAGUUCAAGUGAUUCUCUUGCCUCAACCUCCUGAGUAACCAGGACUACAGGCGCACGCCACCACGCCCGGCUAAUUUUUGUAUUUUUAGUAGAGACGGGGUUUCACCAUGUUGGCCAGGAUAGUCUUGAUCUCCUGACCUCGUGAUCCACCCGCCUCAGCCUCCCAAAGUGCUGGGAUUACAGGCAUGAGCCACCGCGCCCGGCCAGGUUUUGUUACUUUAAGGAUUAGCACAAAUGGCACUGUUGGGUUUUUCUUCCUACAAUUUCCAAAAUAAAUUCUGUACUAAGGUUGUUAUAUGACUUUCUGAGCUGAAUAAGUUCAGGAGCAGAUUAUUAAGAUCUGCCAUUCUGAAACAUUGGUCUUCUUCUCCUUCCUAUAGUGCACCAUAAAAUUCUGUUUGAUCAGAUUAUACUGAAUACAUUUUGGGGCAGUGGAGGGACAUUAGUUAAGUAGUCCUUUGUGUAUUUAUAAUCUCUUUUCUACUGAAUCAAAUGACUUAGCCAUGACCCUGAAUGGACCUUGUUUCACUUCAAGUUAAGAUGUCUGCCUUUUAUGAAUUUGUAUAUAUGAAUAGAACUUGGGGAUUGCAAAAAAUUGCAUACAUUAUAUGUAAGUAAAAUUUUUUAUGAAGUA